AUGGCGUCUUCAGACCUGGAAGAUUUAUGCUUUCACAUCAACACAAAGAUUUCAACAAUUAAAAAGACUCUUCAAUUAAGAAACAUAGGUCAAGAACCAUCCCUCAAAUCUAUGCUCUGUAAAAUAGGACAUGAGAUGGUUCUCUUGCAUGAUCUCCUGAAUAAAAUGGAAACGGAAGUUCAACAGCAAGAAAAACUGAAAAAUUUGCUAAAAGAGCUCCAGAAGUCUGCCGAGAGAGAUCAAAAUGAAGCGCAGCACCUCCGUGAAAACAUUCCUCCCCAUCUGCCUAAACCAACUCAGAGCUGCAUCACUGGGCUAACUGCGAAAUGUGAAGAACAAACAAAAGUUGCAGAACUCGAACGUGCAAAGAAACCUACAAAAGAGUCAAGACUUAUUAAAGAAGCACCCUUAAUAACUGCAGAAGAAUUUGAAAGUGUUCCUGCGUAUAUGAAAGGUCGUUUAACGUACAAUCAGAUUAAUGCGGUUGUUCAAGAUAUGAACAAGGCUGUGGUGGGCAAGUACAAGAUCCUGCAUCAGCCUUUGAGAUCUAUGAAUGCGGCAGUCAGAAAUCUCUACCACAGGUUCCUGGAAGAAGAAACUAAGGAUACAAAAGGUGAAUUUUUUAUUGUGGAGGCUGAUAUCAAAGAGUUCACUCAGCUGAAAGUGGAUAAGCGCUUCCAUAGGAUCCUCAAUAUCCUGCGCCACUGCCAGAGAGUGAGAGAAGUUCGUGGCUCAAGACUUGUCCGCUACGUCAUCUGCUAA